AUGGGUACUCACACUGGGUGGAAGUCAGUGGCCAUGCUGGGAGCAGCGAGCGUCACCACUUUGCUGGUGGUGCGAGCCAUUCGGCGGCGCCGGUCUCCAGUGAUUGUCUCCAAGCUCUCAUGCCGCUGUGGGAAGAUUCAGGGCGAACUCUCAGCCAUCCGCCAGGAUUCCAUACGCAUUCACUGCUACUGCGGCGAUUGCCGGCAGUAUGCCAACUUCAUCGCUUCCUUGGGCAAUCAAAAGGACACGACCGUUGGAGAAUUCGGAGACACUCGAGUGGUACAAGUCUGCAAGAGCGCAGUCAAGAUCACGCAAGGCAACGGACUCAUUAAGUUGGCCAGAAAAGCAAAGAAUUCCAGCAAGGGGCAGAUCUUUAUGCAUCGAUUUUAUGCCAGUUGCUGCAACGUACCUCUCUAUAACACAGUGGACUUUUUGGGGUUUGUGGGGGUUUUCACCGAUUUCCUGGAUGAGCACUACAAGGAGUUCGAGGGCCCCGUACGCAUGUUUGCAGAGGAGGCUUUGAAGACCAGAAGUGAUCCGGAAGCGGAGAUUUCCGUGCCCGACUUCUUGUGGAAGUUGCUUCGUUAUUAUCCAUGGCGCAAGUGCGGUCCUUUCGACUACAAGCAGGAACCAGUGUACUGGGGUCACAACGAGCGAGAUCCGGCGAGCGCCCCAUCCUGGAAUCCCGUCCAGGAUGCUUUUCGACGCUUCGCAGCGACGCGGCGCUUAGACGGCACCACGGAGACCGGACCCUCCUGGGCCGCCGGUCCGCGCUGCCACGCGGACCUGGACGAUGAUCUGGAUCCGGCGGAGAUCUUCGGGUGGAAAGGCGGCGGGAUCCAACGGCUGCGCUUCUUCAAGGAGCGCCUGGGCUUUGAAGCUCGACACGUCCUCGACAUCGGUGCGCACGUGGGGAACUGGACCACCGAUGCGCUGGAGGUUUUCCCAUCCGCGCGGUUCUUGAUGAUCGAGGCCAACCCGCUUCACCGGCCGCAGCUGGAAGCCAUUGGUCAGCCCUUCGUCAUCGCGCUGCUGGCGGCGAAAGGCAACGAGUCGCGGCAGUUCCACAGCACCCGCUACCAAAUCACCACGGGUGCCUCCAUGUUCCGCGAGCGCAGCGACCUCUUUGUAGACCCGCGCUUCGCGGAAACGUUGGUCUUAAGGACACGAAGCUUGGAUGAGGUGGUUUCAGAAGUCUUUCGGGGCGAACGAUGUUGCGACUUGCUGAAAGCUGAUGUGCAGGGCGCAGAGCUCACAGUUCUCCUGGGUGGCUUAAAGACCUUAUCUCAGGCGCAGCUGGUGCUCUUGGAGGCCCCAGUCUUGCCUUACAACGAGGGUGCGCCAUCCUUCAGCGAAGUCAUUGCCUUCAUGGCGGCCCAUCACUUCGAGCUGGUCGAUGUGGCGGAUGCCACCUACUCGGAGGGCGUCUUCCGUGUGCUGCACCUGGACCUGCUCUUCGCGCCUCGCAGCUCUCGACUCCGACGGCUGCCGCUGCCCGGGGGCAUACGGCCACGACCGACCCAUCCACACGGCGGAAGUGUCAAAAAGGAGACUCUUUGA